GCAUGCAUCUAAUCUAUGUAUGAUUGAUUUAACAUUUUUGAUAAAUGUUGGUGUUAAGAUGUUCAUUACUUAUGUAUAAACAUUUUACAUUUUUUUUGUUUAUUUCAUUUGAUUGUUGUCAUGUAAAACCUUUCAAUUAUAUAUGCCUCUCGAGAGGAGAAAAUUAAAGGGGUCAGUGAAAAAAUUAGAUCGUUAUUAUUUUAUUAAAAAGUAGGUAUAUGUUCUUAUUCGGUUAUUCGAAAUCCGAGAAUGAGCAAUAUGAGCUCGAGAAGUUAUGAAGAUAUAUCGAUUGAUGCAACAUAAUUAACCACAAUUAUUGAUCAACUUCCAUUUUAAUUAAAGAUUACCAAACUAUGACCAAUAAAAAGGGCAAUAAACUACUAAAUUCAAAUAAUUUACUUUUUAGCACGGUCCACAUAAUGAUUAUGUUGAUAUAGAAGUUCAAGGGACAACGAACUAAUCAAUGUCUUCUAUCAUUGAUGAAAUAUGAUAGUAUGAAUGUAAAUAACAUCAAUGAAGAGUCAUGCAAUGUUUUGGUUUGUUUUAAAGUAAAAUUAGGAUUUUAAAGAUAAACAAUUUUUUUUUUUUUUUAAAAAAAAACAUAGAAAAUCAAGGAGUUGUUUUAAAAUAUCACUCUAUUACAGAUAUGUUAAUUGGUGGUUGUAUAUACGGUUAGCUAAUUGUUUAAGUGUUUAUAGGAUUGAUUCACUACUUUUCAUACUUUCGUUUAUGGAUGUCAACUAGCUUAGUUUAUAAAGUGUUAAUGCGGUUGUACCUAUGUAAGCGAUGGAAUAUGGAAGGGUUGUGAUGUAUAAGGCUGCCAAUAAUAAUGCAAGAGGUAGACCAUUACCUAAGUUUGGAGAAUGGGAUGUAAAUAAUCCUGCAUCUGCAGAGGGUUUUACGGUAAUCUUCAACAAAGCAAGAGAUCAAAAGAAAACCAAUGGAACUGCCGUGGGUGGAUUAAAAGGUGCUCAAAGAUUUAAUCAGAACACUAAUCAUGUCAAUAACCAACCUAAGCAAGCUCAUGAUCAAAAGGAGAACUUUAAAAAGCCCGAUAAUCAAGAAAGAGAAUCGAAAAAGUGGCUAUGUUGUUUCUCUUGCUAAGUGAAGCUUUUGCACAUGUACACAAUAUGGAUGAUGUAGCAAAUGGUGGUUUUGGCAUCUUGAUGUUCCUGUAUGGAUAAAGAAGUACAACAAAGUAAUUAAAUAUUUGUAAACCAAGGUAGCUUGGUCUAGUGGUAGGAAGUUUACCUUGAUCGAGAGGUCAUCAGUUCAAAUCCUACAAUUAUGGUCUUUGGGAGUACGUAUGUAUGUUGCUCCCCUUCUCAAAGACUUGACCUGUGUAACUAGGUUGGAUAAUUAAAUCCGUGAUGAGUUUUACUCUUGUUGGAUCUUUCUCGUUAUCUUUAAAAACAAUUACACAUAUGUAACUUGAGGGCAAUUAUCUUAAUUCAAUCAUUUAUCAAUAAUGUUAUAUCUUUUUAUG